AUGAUUCUUGUCUCCCUUUCGAUAUCACAGCCCGGUGCGAGCCAACCUCUCCACAGAAUCAUCUCGGUUACCCCGUACGUCGUCCGUGGAGCUCGCCCUGACAGCGGCAAUUCCGAGUUGGAUUAUAGCUGCUUGGUGCGCAUCGAAACUGACACGGAAAUCGUUGGGUGGGGCGAGGGGACAUCUCGGUUUCCCUUCGCACGCUGGGGCCCGGCAAGAGUUCUUGAUGUGGUGAACGAAAUCAUUGCCCCCACCCUGAUCGGACGUGACCCCACCGAACCCAUGGUUAUCUGGAAUGAGCUACAAAUCCUCGGAAACUCCCCGUCUGUUCGUCGUGCACAGGUAUGCCGGAGACCAGAAAUAUUUAUCGGUGCAAUUAGCGCAAUUGAUAUUGCACUGUGGGAUAUCACUGGCCAAGUCAAAGGCCAACCAAUCUGCCAUCUCCUGAGCAAGAUCACCCGCACAAAGAUGAAGGUCUGUGUGGAUGUCAACUCUCUCGGCUAUUUGUCCGGACUCUUUUCCUCGGAUUCGAUGUUGCAACCAGCCCCAGCUACAGUGCCAGAGGCACAGCACUACCUAGAUUUGGGGUUUGAUACCUUUCUGGCCAGAAUUCAUGGCGGGCUUGAGGAUAAUAAGCAACGGCUCCGGGCGAGUCGUCAUGCGAUUGGCCGGCACGCAACCAUUGUCGUUGAGAACACAAGUGGUGUAUCGGCGGAGGAGCUAGUGAGAGCAAUGCCAUCCUCAGAGGUCUCUCUCGUUAUUGAAUUUUCAAGAACGCCCCUUGAAGACAACAUAAGAGCAUUGGUCCCUGUGGCUUGGGGUAGCAGAGAAUGGGAUACGACGAUGAUUUGCGAUAGAAUGGCUAGAGGGAAUGUUGACAUCGUCCAGCCAAAUAUCAUCAUUUGUGGGGGGUUUACUGCUUUACUUCGGAUCCUGAAUGUUGCUGCAGACCAUGGGAUACGUGUUAUGCCAUCUUACGGCUCUAGCUAUGGCUCUGGAAUUGGUUUGGCGGCUACGAUCCAGGCGUCUGCUGCCACUCCGUGGAACCCAAGGGAGGAGGGACAAGAGCCUAAUCCCAAAGAGCCAAUGGUCAUCCUUUCCCCCGAUGCUUACAGCAUUCGGAACGAGCUGCUUGUCCAAAAGAUUGAUGGUUCGGGUGGAUAUCUACAUGUGCCUGAAACGCCUGGAUUGGGAACAACUGUCGAUGAACAAGUCUUAAACAGACGGAUGGCCAUUUCAAGGAAGCAUUAG